GUGAGCGCACCACCACAGGACGCUGUCAGGUUUUUACAACGUGAGAAUAGCUGCUGUCAAAGGCGACUGGACAGAUCAGUGACACGUGAAGCCGCGCAGGGGCACCAGGCGGUCCGGUUCGAGGCUCAGGCUCCGGAACCAGCUGGCAGAAUGAAGUGAGACACAUUACGCGCGGCAGAGACCGGGGUGGGGGAGCGCGCCGCACGGGACCGAACCGCUCGGCUCUGACCUUGGUGGGGAUCGUUUCUGGACCCAACACCUCCACGGAUCAAUGAGGAAUGUGACCGCGGCUGACUCGGUCCGAACGAGGUGGAUGAAGCCCUCUGCGGUGUCAUGCGUCUUGCCCCGCAGCCAAGCGCGCGACCUUUGCGGCUCCUAGUGUUCCUCCUCCUCCUCGGCGCGGCGGUCGUGUCGUCCCCGGUGGUCUCCGCCGGCUGCCCGGACAGGUGCGUGUGCGACGAUCAGCUGGUGGUCCAGUGCGCUGGCCAGCACCUGACCACCUUCCCGGCGGACCUGCCGCUGGCCACGCGGCACCUCAUCAUCUCCAACAACCGCAUCCCGGAGCUGCCGCCCCUCGCGCUCAACUACCUGUCCGACCUGGUGUACCUGGACUGCAGCAACAACUCCCUGACCGAGGUCUCGCAGUCCACUUUUGGGAACCUGCGCAAGCUGGCCUACCUGGACCUGUCCUUCAACACCCUGCAGCGGGUCGAGGACCGGACGUUCGGGCCCCUGGCGAGCCUGGUGAUGCUGAGGAUGACCGACAACCCGGGGCUCUCCGAGAUCCACCCGGACGCCUUCGUGGAGAACGAAGUCCUUCAGGUGGUGGACGUGAGCCGGAACAACCUGACGGUGUUCAACAUCAGCUCCCUGCUGGCUCUGCCCGCCCUGCGCUCCGUGGGGCUCAGCGGGAACCCCUGGAGCUGCCGGUGCGACAACGAGGACCUCAGUCUGUGGCUCCACCUGGAGAGCUUCAAGUUCCAAGAUGAGGGUCAGACAGUCUGCGGCUCACCUGCUGACAUGCAAGGUCGACGUCUGGCUGAGGUGGGCCUCCAGCUACGGACGCUAUGUCACCAGACUCUGGGCUCCUGGGACUACCUCUUCUUCGUCGUCAUCGGCUUUGUCAUCUUCGCCGCCGGCACCGUGUCGGCGUGGUUGAUGGGGGUCGUCAUGGUGCUGUAUGAGCGCUACAUCAAGAAGAAAGAUGAGCAGCUGGAUAUGGAGAAUGACAACGAAAGCAACGAGAUGAGCCACUCAUCGAGAGGCAGAAAAGACCGCAGCAACAGAAGUCUAAAGACCUCGUAUACUGUUUAAAAGACUUUAAUCCCACCCUGUCUGAUAGGGGUCCCACAGUGCCUCCUGUUAACCUGCACACUGCCUGAAGUCUGAUGUUGAGGUAAAACUGUCUGUUUUAACAGGCUUGGCUUCAUGUGUAAUGGGCUGUCAGGGGAUUUAAGACAUUUCGUAGUGUCCAAGGUGAAAGUCCCCAGAGCAUAGACCAGUCCUGGUCCUCAAGGGCCACUAACCUGUACUGUGUCGAUGUUUCUAUGCUUCAGCGCACCCAAUUUGAAUAAACAAGUGAUUGGCAGGCAAUCAUAGAGCUUGAAAAACUGCUGAAGAGCAAAGAAACAACUAAAACAUGCAGGAUGGUGGCCUACGAGGACCAGUUUUGAGGACCACGUACAUAGACCAUAUAUGCAAAUCUCUGACUUCCUCUGCUGUUCAUUUUGUGUUGCGUCUGGAUGAAAAGUGCUUUAGUUGGCUAAAGAUGAAGGUCUGAAAAGUUUGGGAGGAAACAAGUCAUCUGCAUCCUUAAAGGGAUAUUUAGCACAAGUUGAAGUGAGGUUCUUGUAAUCAAUUAAUAUCUUACCAGUUGAAAACAGCUCUUUAUUUCAGUUUGGAUAAAUGAAGUUCCAUUUUGACAGGAAUGAUGAGGUAACAGCCAGUUCUUCAGACAUCACUAAGAUUUAAGUGUGUUUUCACAGUCUGAAAACAGCUCCAACCAGUUACAAACAUUAACUCAUUGGCUUGUUUACCAUCAUGAGUUUUACAUUAAACAGUUACUGACAUGGAAUUCUGUUUUAAUUUGCAAGUGCAAGUAGCAGCAGCUAGCUAUAGCAUUUCAGAAACAGCUUGGGGUCACUUCUUGCUGGAAUCUUUUCAUUAUUAAGCAUGAGGUAAAAAAAUUGAUGACAGUGUUAAUAUUUAAUGGGAACAUAUCGUUCAAAAUCCACUUUUUAGUCAUUAAAUACAUCUUGCCGUGUACUUUUUUCUGUUUUUACAUCUUCAGUAUUUGUGA